GCCACGUGCUUGCAUAAAGAGUUUGACAGUAAUCUGCGACCUGUCAAAAUUAUGACAUGACAUAGUAAAAACUUCAUUCAUAAAGCCGCUCGUGAGAGAGCUGCACGAGGCGAGUGAUGCAACGGGGCGUUGCGAAGCCAGUGAAAAAGAGUGGUAAGACAGCUGCGGAUAGAGAACCUAGUUCUGUGGCUUUCACCACCAAACCCCAAGUUACCACAGGACCACCAGUUACCAAACAACCUUCCGUUACAUCAGAUAAAGUCAGUACUGAUGUCGAGAGUCGAAAAGACACACCUAAUCAAGGUGCCAAGCGCAAAUCACCAAGCAAAUGGCAGACAAUUGAAUCUAAGAUCAAAAACCAGAAAUCUCCUGAUAAAAUGAAGAACCUUCUUAUGCAGAUGAUCGAACCGAAAAAAGAAGAGAUUACAGUGGCGCAAAAAUGGAAGCUUCCAGUCUUGCGGAAUAGUUCUGGAGGGGAUAUCCGACCAGAUUCGAUAUUCUUAAAUAACAAAUUGUUUGGUGGUACUCGCCGAUUGUCCGAAACACGCAUUUCAGCCGAUAACAGUCAUACUUUUUCCAUACUCACGGACAUCGCUAUGAGCAAAAAGAAGCGAAUGGAACAAGGUGUACGAGAUAAGUUAAAUGAGAUCAAUGCUCGGGUUCAAAAGGCAUUACAAAGCGGUGGUUAUGAUGAUGAGGAGGAUACCAUGAUGAAUAAGAAAAAUACUGGACAAUUAUCAGUUAUAUCACAAGAAGCCAGGGCAAAGAGAGAAAAGAUAGAUGAAAGACGUGGUAUUAUGAUUAAUAUCAAUGAAUAUGUUGGAGAUUGUCAAGAAAGAUAUGGUAUAAUAGAACAAGUCAAUAACUGGAUCCAUUUUCAACAAGGAGAACUGGAAAAAGAAUUAAAACCAGAUGAAAAUUACAAAAUGGCGAUAUACGAAGCGGAUGUAAAUUAUGAUAACAUGACAGAUGGUUUGUAUUCUUACACUGAAACAACGGAGAAACUAACCAGUCUUAGUCAGAUAUUAUUACAAAAUAUUAGCAAAAUUUUUGAAAGGAAAGAAAAGCAUGUGGCUCCCAAAAUAAUUAUACUAGAUGAUCAUGCUAUAUUAAGUAGUAAAGUAAAAUGGGAUACAGCUGUAGGGACUAUAACUAAUCUAUUAGAUGAAGCCACCAAAUGGGUGAAAGGAAUCGCUCUCAAAACUUCUAUAAAGAAUGGAAAGAAACAGUUUAAUUUUAUCAUGAAAGCUGUUGAUAAACGAUUAGCUGAAUUAACCAAUGCACAGAAGAAUAUGGAAGACUUAAAGAAUAAAUUAUUGGCUAGUGAUGGACGUAUCGAUUCAAGUUUAAAAGAACAGUCAGAAGCCCGACGUGAAAUUAUGAACCUCAUGACAAACCUAGAGGAUGUCGAGAACCAGUUGAAAAUGGCCAAAGAUCGAAAUGAAAAACUAUUGGUGAAAAUUGGAAAGCUGGAAAUUUUAGUUCGAGAAUUAAAAGAAGAAGUGAACAAGCCUCCACCGUCUCCUCCACCUAUAAUUGUACCAGUACAAAAGUCACAGAUGUUGUUGGCCGCACCCUCUCGUUCCAAUCUUCAAACACCACCACCACCACAACCACAACUACCACCCCCACCACUACCACCACCGCCACUUCCAACCCCACCGCCACCUCCACCUCCACCCGUUACUGUAAAAGUUUUGACAGAAGAGGCCAAGGAACAAAUAUCAGCACUAGAAAAACAAGUACAAGACUAUCAGAUAAUGUUGAAGGAAUUACAGGAUAGAAUUAUUAUGUUAGAAAAUCGGGUUGUACAAGAACAAAGUAAGAUCAAACAAUUAAAGAUGGCUGUCGAUCAAGCCAAUAACCAAUCAUCACUACGGCCUGCUGUUUCUCCCGUUGCCCCGGCAACCACACCAGAUAUAAGGAUGGGGAUAAAACUAGACAUUGAUAUACCAGUACCAAAAGAGCAGGGUGAACAGAAACAGUUUGAACUAAGUGAAGCAAGUGCUAACUAUUAUAAAACAUUAUUGGCGGGUAUGAAGAAAGAUUUCGCUCAGGAGCUGGACACAAUAAAAGCACACGUUAAAAAAGAAAACAAUAGGUAAGAAGGUCGUUAGUAUAAAAUACCAGGCAUGGCCUCGUUAUUAUGAAAUACCAGGUUUCAACUCGUUAUCAUAAAAUACCAGAUAUGACCUCGUUAUUAUGAAAUACCAGGUGUGACCUCGUUAGUAUGAAAUACCAGGUAUGAUCUUGUUAUUAUGAAAUACCAGGUGUGACCUUGUUAAUAUAAAAUAACUGGUAUGACCUCAUUAGUAUAAGAUAACUGGUAUCAGCUCGUUAGUAUAAAAUACCGGGUAUGACCUUGUUAUUAUGAAAUACCAGGUAUGACCUCGUUAGUAUAAAAUACCAGAUAUGACCUUGUUAUUAUGAAAUACCAGGUAUGACCUUGUUAGUAUAAAAUAACUGGUAUGACCUCGUUAGUAUAAGAUGAUUGGUAUGAGCUCGUUAGUAUAAAAUACCGAGUAUGACCUUGUUAGUAUAAAACACCAGAUAUGACCUCUCCAUGGUAAAUUACCAGAUAUGAUCUUGUUAUUAUAAAAUACAGGUAUGACCUUGUUAUGAUAAAAUACCUAGUAUGAUCUCUCCAUCAUGAAAUACCAAGUAUGACGGCUAUGGUAUAAAAUACCAGGUAUGACCUCUCCAUCAUGAAAUACCAGGUAUGACCUCUCCAUGAAAUACCAGGUAUAACCUCUCUCUUAAUUGUAAUCAUAAAGUUAUAUUUGCCGGUCUUAACUGAUUGACUGUGAAAUUGACCAGAAAUUACCUGUCAGUCAAUUUAUAUUUCAUGAAAUGAGAGUUUUAAAUAAUUUCAUCUUGAAACACAAUCAAUAUAGUUUCAUUUAUAGUUUGGGGGGUUGGAUGACCAAAUGGUUAGCAU